AUCUGUCGGGAUAUUUAUUCUCGGGAGCAGCGGCCACCGUAAGUGCACGUUAAAGUGUCAUUUGCAUAUAGAUCAACUUUUGUCAAAUCGGAGUGGAGAAAAGUAAAAUCUAGAUCCGAGGAAAAAGGGUUGUUAGCAACACGCCAGCCGGCUUGUGAUAAAUGCGGCCGGAUAGACGCGGUAAUAAUACGAGAGGAAGAGACGCGGCGAGGAAAGGAGGGAAAUGUCGUUGCGAUAAUUCAAGCCGGGAGGAGAAUGGGUUUUAUUUCGAUGUAUAAUUCCCAAGAAGGCGUGGCGUCCUCGGACGUACGAGUAAAAAGUUUUUUUCACCACGGAAGGAAGGUGCGGGGCGGGCCAGACGGGAGGUGGGGGGUGGAGAACGGACCAAUCGCGUAAUAGCUGCGCGCGCACACCUCACCCGCCCCCUGGUGGUGGGGGGACCGGCACAAAAAUACGUUUUUAUUUAUUACACAUUCGUGUCCGGCUGGGGAACGACGUCCCGAGCUGUUCCGCGAGUUGUCAUUCGAGUGCGAGGAUCGGAGGGGGAGACAGAUUGAGAAUCGCGAGUGUUUUAGUUGUGACUGCGCAGUUCCGCCCCCGUCGGACUGGCAUGUGCGUCCGGCUCUUAGAAUGAGCAUGGAAUCCGUGAUGGAUUCGUCCCCGAGCAACAGCGACCGAAGCAGCAACGUGAGUUCGCCUAUCAAGCCGUCGAUGACACCGCCGCCGACCAACAACAAUCAUCCGGAGAGUCCGGCCAACAUGAGACCUUCCAGCAACCCGGGGCAGCAUCCGGUAUCUCAGCAGAUGAGUCCUCCGGCGGUCAGCACGCCUAGUAGCAUCGUCAGCAUGGCCCCGCGUCUGGGCAUGGGUCUGCCACCACCGGGUCUGGGACUGCUCAACUCUCUAGGCGGCAUGGUCCACCACUCACCCCUGGACUUGAUGGCAGUGGCACACCACCACGCACCCCCGCGGUCCUACAACAGUCCGCCGCCGAUAUCCAGCUCCGACCCGACGGCCAACGAGUGUAAACUGGUGGACUACCGCGGACAGAAGGUCGCAGCCUUCAUCAUCGGCGGAGACACCAUGCUCUGCCUCCCCCAGGCGUUCGAACUUUUCCUGAAGCACCUGGUCGGAGGUCUGCACACCGUCUACACCAAGCUGAAGCGCCUGGACAUCGUGCCUCUCGUCUGCAACGUGGAGCAGGUGCGCAUCCUGCGAGGCCUGGGUGCCAUACAACCAGGAGUCAACCGCUGCAAGCUGCUGUCCUGCAAGGAUUUUGAUAUCCUCUACCGCGACUGCACUACUGCCAGAUUUCGUCCGGUUUCCCAAUACGGUUACGAUACGGGUUCCAGGCCGGGACGACCUCCCAAGAGAGCAUCCAUCGGUCUCAGCUUGGCGGCUUCCCACCUGUCCCAUCAGCUGAAGAAACACCGCCUUGAGAACGGGGACUACCCUGGCUACGAGAACGGCCAUCUUUCUGACGGACCGAGGAUGGAGAAGUCACCCCUACUCGCAAACGGGUACAACCACCCUCCGACCCAUCUGAACCACAUGCAGUUCAUGGGUCUGGGUCAGCAUCCCCACACGGCCAUCCUCAACCCAGCCCUUGGUCACCACCCGGGUCUGCCGCGACCUGACGGGUCCAUCAUCAAGAACCAACCUUUACCCGCCAUGGACGCGAUAGCCAGAUCGGGAAUUUGGGAGAACUGUCGAGCUGCCUACGAAGACAUCGUCAAACACUUGGAAAGGUUAAGAGAGGAGAGGGGGGACGCAGAAAGAGCGCUGGCCCUGGAUCACAAAGUUCGAGAUCUCAGUUUGCACAAUGAUCGUUCACUGUCCCGCCUGUCCCCAGGGUCGUCCAACGGCCACAGUCCGGUGUUGAACCUGAGCAAGUCAGGGGCAGACCAGAGUGGCAGCGAGGCGGGACACACGGGACUGGAGGAUGACGAGGAUGACGACAACGUGAGUGACGUCGACGACGAAGACGAUAAGGACCAAGACCUAAGUGACGCUGCAGAAGCCGGCGUCGGCGGUGUCUCUCCUCACGCUCUCAACUACUCCACCCUCGGCGCCUCGACGCCUACCCAGGGCGGAGACCCGGCGCUCUCCAGCACAGAGACGCUCCUGAGGAACAUCCAAGGUCUGCUCAAGGUGGCUGCGGACAACGCGAGGCAGCAGGAGCGGCAGAUCAGCUACGAGAAAGCCGAGUUGAAGAUGGACGUUCUACGCGAACGAGAAGUAAAAGACAGUCUGGAGCGGCAACUAAUGGACGAACAAAAGAUCAGAGUGCUGUACCAGAAGCGGCUGAAGAAGGAGAGGAAGGCUCGACGGCGGCUGCAAGAUCAGCUGGAGUUGGAGAUGAAGAGAAGACAACAGCUGGAGGAGGCGCUGAAGAACUCCGGGGCCCCUCCUGAGGCUCUACGCAUCCUCAACGAGUCGUCCGCAGAACCCGCAGCGCCCCCGCCUCCUCGCACGGCGCCCUCUACACCUCAGCAGCGCCCCACGACAGAGGCCGAGACCACGGCGCCACCAGCCUACCCGCCCCAGCGCCCCCCGCCACCAGAGGCGCCACCAGCCGAGAAACAGUGGAACUACUCGGGUCUGGACCUCAUCAACUCCGGCGCCGCCUUCUGGCAGAACUAUUCUGAAUCCCUCGCUCAGGAGCUGGAGUUGGAGAGGAAAUCAAGGCAACAACAACAGCAGCAACAGCAACAACAGCAACAACAAGAAGUUGACGUCAAACCGCCACUUCAAGAUUCGAGGGCAGGCUACUACAAGAACUCCGUGUUGUUCAGUAGUGCCACCUAGAUACAGACAAACGUCGAACCCAAGAUCUCAUAACUCCAAUCCACCAGGCGUUUCGAGAACUCGACUAUUCUAGUCAAGAAUAUGAGUAACAUUGAGGCGACAAGAACAUAAGUGAAACGAGUGAACGAGCGCCGAGUGACAAACAAAGUGACGAUCAAGAGUGAUUCGAAGCUUAAAUUUCAGCUUUGUAGCCAUCUUAGAUGUUUACUGUGUGUUUAGACAGUUUGUACUUUGUACUCUUUCCACCAACGGCAGCAGUGUCUGUGUAAGAGCCUUACAUUCCGAAGGGACUCGAAACUCGAGUGUAAAUUAGUCUAAUUUAUUAAAUGUAAAGCUAAGUUGCAUGCACUCUCGUCGACCGCAUUCUGAAGACCGUAGUUUUCUGGAAGGAGACCGUAGUCGUACCGUUAAGGCUGUAUUAGUGAUCAUGUAGACUUGAUAGAAUAACAGAACGCUGUUAUUGUGUUUAUUAUCUAUUAUUAUAAUUUAGUUUAAUGUGUACAUAGUCUAAUAUAGUUAAAGUUAUACAUUGUUCAUUAUGUUCUCAACCGCUUAAUGUUAAAUUAUGUGGUUUUACAGUUAUGUAACAUUUUAAACUACCCUUUGUAUAAAUACUGACAGUUCGUCGUUAUAUUUCAAUUUGAUUGUUUAUAGAUUUUCGGGCUUAACAUGUUUUGUAGAGUUUUAGUGUUUGAUUUACAAAUUACUAUGUACAGUUUUACAUAUGCUGUCACUACUCUAAAAUGAAUUUUACGAUAAUUAUUUAUUUUAAUUUAAAUCAUAGGUUUAUUGUAUAUUUUAUGCAGUGUUAUUUCUUCUAAAUCACUUGUGAACUAUUCGGUUGGUACAGGAAAAUUUACUCUAAAUACAUGGUGUAAUACUUGUGAACGGUUUCAUAUUUCUCGUGCUGUUUGGACUUAUUUAAAACCAGGCGCAUGUGUUCUUAUAAAAUUUAUUUAACAAUUAAUUCAACAAAUUAUUUUUAGAUUUAUUUUGGUUUGCUGUUUUGAGUGCUAAGUGCAAUGGUUUUAAGAUUCAACCAAUUAGAUUCAAAAUUUAUGUGUAAAAAAAUUAAACUCUCAAAUAAGUCUACUAAAUUUACUGUUGAAAGUAGAAACAUGUUACCAGCAAUGAACAAUAUAGGUAUCAGAGCGUUUUGUUGCGCUGGAUAUGAAUCAACUGUGAAGCCUGUCAUAAUAUAAAGUACACCAUGUAGUUAUGUCAAAUCCAAACUGUUCUUUAAAUUUCGCUCUUUCAAUUAAUUAAGCUCCAAACAAUCUUUCAGUAUCAAUGUAUGGUAAAAUGAUCUUGUAUAAAAAUGUGAUAAUUGUUAAAUUUAGUUUAACUAUUCUUUUUACUAUAUAUAAUACUGUUUGUAAAAUUGGUUACGAAGUUUUUUUCACAAGUUUGAUUACUUUCUUUACAACUUCAACAAACCAAUGCUCUUGUGCUCAAACGAUGUUUAAGACCUAGUUUUGUUGAUGUCGAACCAUUCCAAACGAUAUUCGUUGUGCUUUGAAAGCUAUUUUCAUAGAGGUGUAAAAUACAAUAGCCCCCUUCUCAGUAGCAAUGAAUGUACAUUCAAAUGUUUUUCUAAAAAGUCCGAAAUCUCUGUACAUUGUAAAUACUCACUAGCACAUAGCCCGACUCUUAUGUACAUCGAUUUUUCACCUAUCUAUCGAAUGUGUCCGCAUUUCCACAAAAGAGUUGUCAACAGUUUUUCAACAUGUUUGGAUAUUUUAUUUAGGUAUGGUUUUCAUGAAAUUUUAUCUCUCUGUACUUAAGCAGAUGGCAACUCUUUUGGGUACACGAGGCGCAGCUAUGAGUGGCCCCGAAAGUAUAUGUAUCAAUAA